AUGUACUCUUCCGACGAAGAAUAUACUCCGAACUACUUGGACCUCUCCGCUUCAUUUCUUGGUUGGCUUACAAAAUUCGGCUUUCCUAUCUUGCAAACGAAAACUUUAGACGACGAAAACGUGGACAAAGAAAAUGUCCUUUUGAGUGACUUUAUCGGUACUCCAUCCAAUAGUCAAGCCAAUGUGCCGUCGAGCAGUCAAAUCAACAGGAACAAUUCUCGCAAACGCCGUAUGGGCACUGAAAGUUCUCCAACAGUUUCUUGCGGCUUGCAGCCACAAACGAUGCACGCUUCUUCUACAUCUUCCACAGGAGAAGAGGACGACGCUCGCGAGAAAUUUUUUAACAAGCUCUCGGAGGCAAGAGUGGAUUGGAGCGGCCGUGCAAGAAUAGCAAUUGGGAGAGCACUGGCAGACAUUCGAACAUAUCAUUUUGACCCUGAAAGAUCCUCUCUUCUUCCAUCAAAGAAAAAGCGUGUAGUCAUCGAAGACACUGGAGGCAACGGUAUCGGUAUUACUAAGGAAGACGUGGUAAUUCAGAAGACCGAAUGCGUAGAAGAUGAAGUCGAGGAAGCCUGA